CCAAGUCAGUUAAAAGAGAAACGUUGGAUAGGGAAUACCACAGAUACAUUAUGGCGAACACAACAGAUACAAUAGUGAAUCCAAACGAGCAUUUGGAGAUUCCCAAGUGGAUAAAUGAGGAGUACUUCCAGCAAGUUCUGCAGAAGGAUGAGCCGGAAUAUGAGAAGAUUUUGAACUUCAAGCCUGUAGCUGCCAUUCCGCCAGGCGAGAACUUCACAUCUAUAAUGCUGCGGAUUCACUUCGAUCUUCAGAUGAAAGAUGGUAGCACCAAACACAAGACCUACAUUUUUAAGACUAUGCUGGCGGAGGAACGUGGUGGCAAGGAGAUUCGCGAAGGAGGCAUUUUCGACAAGGAACUGAUGAUGUACCAGAAGUAUCUGCCCGCCUUCGAGGACCUAUACACUUCCGCCGGAGAAAAGAUUCAGCUGGCUCCCAAAUGCUUGCACACGGAUCAGCGUGAGAAUGGAAUCCAUUUUGUGUUCGAGGAUCUGGGUGUGAAGAAGUUCCAGAAUGUGGAUCGUAUCCAGGGUCUGGAUCUAGAGCAUAUGAAGAGAUCCCUCCAUAAAUUAGCAGAAUUCCAUGCGGCUGCAGCUGUUUAUGCCGAGCCAAAUGGACCGUAUCCCUCGCAAUUCGAGGAGGGAUUCAUUGGAAGGAACCAGGAGAAGGCCCAUGAAGCACGUUUUCUAAUAAAGUCGAGAACCUAUCCCAAAGCUAUAGCAACUUGGGGAUUGGAGGAUCCGGAAAAAUAUAUUACAAGUUUUCCCACGGUGCAGCAAUACUUGAAAAUGUGUGAGAAGAAUCUGGAGACGGAUCCAUUGGCCUUCAACACCCUUACGCAUGGUGACUUUUGGUCCAGUAACCUCAUGUGCAACUAUCUAGCCAAUGGCCAAAUCGAUGAGGUCAUCAUGGUCGACUUUCAGCUGUGCAAGUGGGGCAGUCCUGCCCAGGAUCUGCUCUUCUUCAUCACCCUCUCGGCAGCCAGUGAUAUUAAGCUCAAGGAGUUCGACAACUUUGUCAGGAUUUACUGGGAGAGGUUAGUGGACUGCCUGAAGCUGCUGAAGUACCAGAAACCUCUGCCAAAACUACGCGAUCUGCAGACUUCCCUGUAUCAAGAUACCAACACUAUCUACGCGUUUAUUGCCAUCUCUAACCAUCUUCCCGUGAUUCAAUUCCCCUCCGACAAGGAAUCCAAUUUGCAUUCCCUUAUGCGAGACGACGAAGAGGGCGAUAAAUUCCGCUUGCGGAUAUUCACAAACCCGAGUUUUGGCCGUCUCAUGAGGGAAAUUUAUCCAUUUUUUUACAACCGUGGAAUUUUUAAUUUUACUGACUUCGAAUAAGAGAAGCAAUGUAUUAUUUGUUUAUUUUUGAUUUGGUCUCAAAUAAAGUAUAAAGGUUUUAAAGGAGUGAAA